AUGAACCCGCGACUUGUAUUGAUGCUGUUGGCCCUGGUUGCUAUGACCACUUCAAUGACGAUCAGGAACAGAAAUGAUCAUGAAAAGAACGACGAUGAAGGAAGAAAGCCGGUGAUCAGUGAAGGGACUGCGCACUCACACGAACAGGAAGACGCUGAAGAGAACGAUGAUGAAGAGGGAAAGAUGAUCAGUGCAAUCACACAGGAAGGCACUGAAGAGAUCGAUGAUGAAGGGGGAGAGGUGAACAGUGAAAGGACUGCGAACUCACAGGAACAGGAAGACGCUGAAGAGAACGAUGAUGAAGAGGGAAUGGUGAUCAGUGAAGGGACUGAGAACACACUGGAAGACACUGAAGAGAACGAUGAUGAAGAGGGAAUGGUGAUCAGUGAAGGGACUGCGAACUCACACGAACAGGAAGACGCUGAAGAGAACGACGAUGAAGAGGGAAAGAUGAUCGGUGCAAUCACACAGGAAGGCACUGAAGAGAUCGAUUAUGAAGGGGUAGAGGCAAUCACUGAAUAA